AUGGCGGCCAGCGGCGCCGAGCGCCGGCCGCGCCGCGGGCCCGCGCCUAUCGCCUCCUUCGACCACGACGUCUCCGAGGAAGUUAGUUCAGCAAUAUGCUCUAGCCCAGAGAACAAGCAAGUCUUUCGCUUGCCUGAGAUCCGCGAAGAUCCAGCGAGCUCGACGACGAGCGUGACGGCCUCGACGUCAGGUGGUGUUGACUGUCUGGCGCCGCCCGAGCAGCGCGCGCGCUCCCACUCCUCGCCCGCAGUGCAUGAGGCUGCGACUGUACCGACCGUGUCAGGUCUUCAGACGCCUGCUGCUCCUCGCAUCGACAUUUCCCGCGCGUCAAGUUCCAGCCAUCACGACUCACGAGACAGCUCACCCGAACUGGCGCUGUUCGCGGGCAGCGGUGGCGGCGAAGACGCCCGUGCCCGUCUAGAACUUGGUUUUCGCGAAGACGGGACGGCUGACCUGCGUUCGUCAACCGAAGAACUGGCUUUCCUAGAAGGCGCGCCUGGAGGCGCAGAGACCCGAACACAAUCUAUAGCGCCACCUUCGCGUCGUCAUUCACGUAAAGACAGUCAAGGGUCUGAGGCGGCCUUGCUCGGCGUAUCGGGUCGAACUAGCCGUCUGUCUAGUGUUGGAUCUCAGUGUUCCGCCCAUUCGGCACUUUCUGGAUUUAGUCAUACUAGUCGUGUGUCACGGCUUUCUGUAGUAUCUGGCAUAUCUCGAUCACCUUCACCGCACAAAAUGUUACUCGAAACAUCAUUUUGCGGUCCAAAACCUAUAGAAACGGAUCCCGAAAUAUGUGCGGCGGUCGUUGAGGAAAGGCUUCUAGAAAUUGCUAAAUUGACAAAUGAAGCAGUAACUUCUAUUCCUGAACCUAAGCGUCCACCCGACCAAAUCGAUAGUCGAGAUCAUCGUGAAGUGCGUACAGAAGCCACUGUCGAAAAUACGCGACCUGCUAGUGCACCUCGACUUACUUCUCCCAACGCACCCUCCAACACACCCGUACCGGGGCCUGCGCCGUCUUCUUCAUCAUUGGAUGAUGAAAAGCGCUUAAAAGAAACAAUGAACCGAGCGAAAGUUGAAGAGCGUCGAGCAAGACCUAAAGAACGUCGCGAACCAUCUAAACCUGAGGCGUUGCGGCGUGGUAACCAGUCAAAAGAUAUCAUAAGAAUAAAACUUAAACCAGAUGAUGAAUACGAGGACGAUAACGAAGAGGAAAGCGAGCGGACCUUAUUUAGUGGAGAACCCGCGCGUAAACCUAUCACUCUCGAACUAAACGAUCGACCUACCUGUUCUAUUGAGCCAAUAAGUCCUCAAACUACUUCCAAGCGAACACGGGACAGUAGAACACCGUCUCCGUGUGGUGUGGCAGUGUCUAGAAAAUCAUCGUUCUGUUCACUUUUUAAAUCGCGUGAAACCAUUGCAUCACCAGAUUCACCAUCAGAUGCAUUGCGACGCAAAAAAAGCCUUAACGAAGGUCGAUCGCGUAGCAAAAGCCGAGAUCGAUCUUCAACACCAACAUCGGCAGGUAAAAUAAAGGGUUCGGUAUUGUCAUUAUUUAAGACACCGCGAAGAAGUGGCACUUCUCCUUCACCAGGCUCUCGUGACGCAUCUCCAGUGGUUCAACAACAGAGACAGUUUCCGCAACCAGUGGUAGAUAGACCUCGAGGGGAGAAACUAAAGUAUUACGAAGAUUCGAAGGACGGAAUCAUCCAUAUUCCUUUGCGCACACCACCUGACGAACUGAACUCAACUGAAAAUACAAUCGAAAAACCUCAAUCACGUGAAACGGUUACACGAACUGAACCAACACGACCAGCUUCAGCGCCCCAACAACGGCCUCCUCUCGAAAGAAAUGCAGUCGUCACUUCCGCUACUCCGACAUCUCUUCCAAAACGAACUACUCAACGGACUGUCCUACCGGACGGCAGUAUUAUCAUUCCAUUACAUUCCCCGACUGAAAAGACAGCUAAUGUGGAAAUCCCUUCAAAGACAGAGUCAAAGAGAGAGUCAGGGAUGGUAAAAGAAGUAGAGCAGAGUACGAGAAAAACGGAACAAGAAUUCACUCCGGACAAGAGCUUAAAUAGUGUUUCUAAGCCCAGUUUUAAUUCUGGACACACGAACAACGCCUCAUCGGAGGAGAUUAUAUCCGCCGGGAACGGUGCGGAGCGACCUCGGAGAAAAGAGCGAAUUAUAUUCACGACGCACGUCGGAAGUAAAGAACAGGUAUUUAGUACUCAGUUUAGUAUAACGAAGACACCCAGCGUUGCCAGCGAAAUAUCAGAAUCGAUUCCGAGUUUCCCCGAAAGCGAAGAGGUUCGUCCGAGCGAGUCGCCGCAGCGAGUGGCGAGUUUGAAGAAUAUUGUAAACGAUAUUACGCCCGAGAUCGUCGACAGUCAAGUGAUGUUCGGUGAGAUCGGCGAAGAGAUACCACGCGACGCGUUCCCCAGCCCGCCGCCGGACACCGGCCGCGACUCGUCGGAGUCGGACGCGAGCUCCGAGGUGGCGACCACGCACGGCGGCAGCGAGGCGGAGCGACGCGGGCUCGUGGUGCAGGAGUCGUUCGAGGAGUUGCCCUACGUGCCGACCACGCUGCCGCUGGAGAGGUCGCUGGCGCUGCCCAUGGUGCCGGUGCGCGAGCGCGGGGGCGUGACGGUGGCGGCGGUGCGGCGCCCGCGAGCGCCCCGCGGCGCGGCGAGCGCGCUGGGCGCCCUGACGCCGCCGGCGGGCGCGCGGGGCGCCGCGCCGAGUGCGCUGACGCCGCCGGCGGGCGCGCGGGGCGCCGCGCCGAGUGCGCUGACGCCGCCGAGCGCCGCGCCGGGCGCCGAGCGCCUGCACAUCCGCCUGCCGCGCCGCGCGCGCGCCGCCUCCACCGCCUCGGACGCGCCCGCGCCGCCACCGCGCACCGAGCGCGCUCGCUCGCGUAGCGGUGGCGACGCCGGGUCGGAGGCGCGCAGCAAGUCGGAGUGGAUCGACUUCAGCGAGUUGCCGGAGCGGCGCAAGCAGCCGAAGCGCAUCCAGACCCUGCCGGCGACGGCGCGCGACGCCGUGGUGUUCAGCUACGUGCCGCCCGAGCGCUGCCGCUGCGAGUGCCACGCGCACGCGCACGCGCCCGACGACGAGCGCCCCCUGCUGGCGCGCCGCGAGCCCGCCCACUCGCCCGCCCGCUCGCCCGCCCACGCGCCCGCCCACUCGCCCACCUCCCCCGUGUCCCCCUUCACUGCUGACUUCGACCUGCAAGACCUGCUCGACUACAACGACAGCAAAGAUGACUAA